AUGAAGGCCCGGGACUUGCCGUCAUUGUGUCCACCCGCACCGUUCACCGACAUCUUCCCGCGGGUCAUCUGCGUCGACGACCCGUUUCUUUAUUCACUGCUGCGCUCCGCGCACAAGUACGGUACACGUAUCUGCCUCGUCUCGAUGCUCGUUCCCGUCGUCCAGGAAAAGAUGAAGUUGGUCGGCGCGACUCGGCGCGUGCACGGCGCCACCCUCGGGCUGUACCUGGCCGACGCUCCGUUCCGCAAGAAGAGGCCCAUUUACACCAAGAACGAAGAAGCGCCGACCACGACAGCGACGGGCAGCAAGGCGCCGGGCCCGAAGGCCAACACCACGGAAGGCAACGCGACGGCCAAGGAAGUCAACGCGACGGACGACGACUCGGGCCCGAUUUGCGCUCUCGACAUCGGCACCAAGGUCGAUCUCCUCGUGGACCACGUGGUGCGCGCCGAAGUGACGCACACGGCGCAGUACAAGGCGCUCUUGGCCGGUAUCAAGGCUCUCGAGGUCACGGUGUUCCUGCGCGACAAGGCGCACGAAGCCGACCUCAAGGCGCGUUUCUUGGAAGGUCCACUUUUUGUCAUGAAGGAGCGCGAGGCAUCGCUCUUAUUGCGGAUGAUGAUGCCAUCGCCGCCCGUGGUCGUCGAGGACGACGUGGACAUGACGGAGGAGACGACGACGAUGGUUCCGGACGACGUCGACAUGGAAGGCGCGUCCGUCGAGAUCCAGACACUCCUCUUGCAGCUCAAGAUGCAACUCGAUCUGCGCGACAGCGACCCAGACAGCUUCCAGUUCGAGUACCUUGCACCCGACCACGUGCUCGUCAAGUGCUUCGUGCCACUGCCCGCCCACUCGUCCAUGCUUCCGCUAAUCCCGCUCGUCUUGUUGCGCAUGCAGCUCAUGGCGGACGGCACAUUCGAGAUUGAAAUCCUGUCGGGCACCCACCUCUACGUGCCGCCGGAGCUCGUCCUGCGCCACGGUGACCGCUUCUUCCUCAUGCUUCCGUCGCUGCAGUCGGGUGGCAGCCUCUGCCGUCGCUAUGGCAAUAAUUUUGCGCGCAUCACGCCCAAGCUCGUGAACGAACUCAUCGACCAGAUCCACACGCACGACCCCAAGCCGUCGCUUGCGCCCAUCGACACUACAACAGCCGCUACGACGUCGACUGCACAGAAACGAUCUGCGGCGACGACGCCCUGUGCGUCCCCGCAGCCGCCAACGCUCGUUCCUCUCGCCCACGUCCCCGGCACGAUCUUCCAAGCGAACGAAAUGCAAGGUGACCGCAUCGUGCGCGCCCUUCUAGUCUCGAUCACACACACGUCGGUCUGGCUUCUCGUGCCCCGCAACAUUCCGCUCCGCCGGAACGAGCUCGAGCUGGGGCAGCUCACGGAGCGCAUUCCGUUCAAGUCUCUCUCGCGCGUCUCGUACAAGCGCAACGAGUCGAUUUCGCUCGAGUUCCAGCCGCACUUGAACCGACCACCGCAAACGAUAUACGCGCCGCAGAGCAGCCACAUGGUCGGCCUCCUCCAAGAAAACAUCGAGCGCUUCCGCGGCGACCGCGCCAAGCGCCCGCGCUACGAAGAAAAGAAGAAGGGCUUCGAGGGCGCGUUCAGCAGCUUUCUCUCCAACGUCGAGAAGAGCGCGCAAAAGGUCGUGGGCCAGAUCAACCAAGUCGGCAAGAUGCUUCUCGGCGAAGACACACAGGGGCCGUCCCUCAACGUCAUCUCGCAGAUGGAAGCCGAUUUCUUUCGCCACCCAGCAUUGCCUCGUGUCUACGCGGUCACCGAGUCGUACCACCACGUCGCCCAGCAAGUCGACGUUGGCGACGACGGCGUCAACGACAAAGCCGAGCUCUAUAUGCUUAUGUUUCUACGACAACCGCAAGUCCAGACACUGCUAGGAUAG